AUGCUGGUUUUCCGUGGAACCUCCCCAAAAUGUGGCCUUUCCCGCCGUGUCCCCUCAGGGCCGGGUGCUGAGGGGACGCAAAGGGCGGGAAAAGGAGGCGCAGUGCGGGCCGCCAGGGGGAGCUGCUCGCCGCGCGCGGCCAAUCAGCGGCUGCGUCGCUUGCGGGGGGCGGGGCCUCGCGGGAGCGGGAAGAUGGCGGCCGUCGGCGGCGGCGGCAUCGGGCCGGGCGGAGGGCCCGGGGCCCGCAGGGGCAGCACGGGCCGGGACGCGGAGGCCGAGGUUUGGUGCCGUCGAGUGCGGGAGCUGGUGAGCGCGGUUCCCGCCAACCGGCUCUGCUUCGAAUGCGGCCAGCGUGGCGUCACCUACGUGGACAUCAGCGUGGGCAGCCUCGUGUGCACCGGCUGCUCGGGGGCGCUGCGGGGACUGAACCCCCCCCACCGUGUCAAGUCCAUCUCUAUGACAACAUUCACGGAGGCGGAGGUGCUGUUCCUGCAGGCACAUGGCAAUGAGGCCUGCAGGCGGAUCUGGCUCGGCACCUUCAACCCCCGGACUUCACUGCUGCCUGACUCCUGCGACCCCCAGAAGGUGAAGGAGUUCCUGCAGGAGAAGUACGAGAAGAAACGAUGGUAUGUGGCACCAGAACAAGUGAAACCCCCCCAAAGUACCACAGUGGAGCCCAGGCCCCUCCAGGCCCUCCAUGGGGACACCGGGACACUGCCACAGGUGAGACCGGCCCACUUCUGGGGGUGCCAGGGGGAAUGCCACCCCCUGACCUUACGGUGCCCCCCCAGCCCCGCCCAGCUGCCCACCACCCUCCCCAGCCAGCUCGAAAGGCCGGCACCGACCUCCUGGCUGCCAUUGGGGGAGACACCUUCGCUAGCCCUGCCCCAGCACCUGCCUUCGCUGUUUUCCCUGGCCCAGCCCCACCCCGGUCUGCUUUCCCCAGUUUCAAUGCCUUUGGAACCAGCCCUGGAGCACCAACAUUUGGCGGAUCUGUGCCUCCCUUCCACAUCCCACCCACCACCGCAGGUGCGGCUGCACAGGGUGUGGCCACCCCUGUUCCACCCACAGGGGGAGGAGCUUCUGCCAGCCUCUUUGGGACCCUCCGUGACCCCCCAGCGCUGCCCCAUGGGGGCUACACCAACCCAUUCAUGGCCCCCGUGGCCCCCAGACCCUUCACCAACCCCUUCCAGAGCAACGGCCCCGGUGCCCCUGUUCCUGGAGGGUUCCCCAGUCCCUUCCAGGCUGAUGGUAAGAGUUGGGGGGAAGAUAAAUACUGGGACAACCUCUACCCAAGCCCCCAGUGACCCUCUCCCCAUUUCACCUCACAGGGUUGCCUUUCAGCGGGUUCAACGUUGCCAAAGCUUCCACCAACCCCUUCGUGACGGUCCCGACCCCGACGGCGCCGUUCAGCACCGGGCACCCGACCACCAACCCCUUCCUGUGACUGCGGAUGCUGGUGGGGGACUCAGCCCGGCCCUCACAGCUCCCACGGCUGCUUUUGGGGGCUCUGGCAGUGCACACCACUCCUCCCCCUCCGCCGGGACCACGUUCUACUUUUGUUCCGAGAGAUUUAUCGUGAUAAUCUAAUAUAUAUUCGAUAGAAACA